CACAACACAAUGAUGCAAAAAAGUCAAUGAGAAGGGUAUCCCUGUCAUUUUCUCUUAAUCCAUCAUCUUAGACUUAAUACUCGUUUUCUAACCCAAUACCAAAUAUUUAAACAAGUUCAAACCUUAGUCCAUUCAUUGUUAACAACAACCACCCCUUCUAUAUCAUAUAUAUAAAAAGAAGAAUAAUUCCAUUUAAUAUAGGACCUAGACAACUAAUAAUCAAAGUUAAAAAAAAAAAACAGGAAAUUUUCAACACAAAGCUAGAAAAAGAAGCUGCAAAUUCUUAGAAGUUUAAAGAUUUGCGCCCACUUUCUUUUAUAAAGUCUUAAACCCUUUUCCAAUCUCUAUAUAAACAUUCUUCCUCAAUUAUUUCCCCAACGUUUCUCAACCACAUCUUUCUAUAGCAACAUUUUCUGUAACAUAGCUCUCUAAACAAACAAAUUCAAGUUUUGCAUCAAUAUAUUCAUCACUCAUCACAAUCAUAAUAACGUAUAUAUAUGACUGUGAUGAAAUUUACGUGGAAAUUGAUAUUUCCAAGUUGUUAUAAGGGUGAAGGUGAUUACUCUUCGCCCAAACCAGUAGCAGCAACGAAAGUUGUUGCUACAACAAAAGAUGUUGUUGCAACAAAGACAAAUUCUUUUAACAGAAUUUCUCUGACGGAUCUGAGUUUUCCAAGUGCUACAACACUUUCAGAUGAUCUUUCAAUAUCUUUAGCUGGUUCUAAUCUAUAUGUUUUUACACAUGCUGAGCUUAAGAUAAUUACUCAGAGCUUUUCUUCUAGUAAUUUUCUUGGUGAAGGAGGUUUUGGACCUGUUCAUAAAGGGUUCAUUGAUGAUAAGGUUAGAGCUGGACUUGAACCUCAACCUGUGGCUGUUAAGCUUCUAGAUUUGCAUGGUUCUCAAGGUCAUAAAGAAUGGCUGACUGAGGUUGUGUUUCUUGGUCAAUUGAGACAUCAACACCUUGUGAAGCUGAUUGGAUAUUGUUGUGAAGAGGAGCAUAGGCUUUUGGUUUAUGAGUAUUUACCAAGAGGAAGCUUAGAACAUCAACUAUUUAGAAGAUAUUCAGCAUCAUUACCAUGGUCAACAAGAAUGAAAAUUGCUGUUGGAGCUGCAAAAGGUGUAGCCUUUUUACAUGAAGCAAAGAAACCAGUUAUAUAUAGAGAUUUCAAAGCUUCAAACAUCUUAUUAGACUCUGAUUAUAAUGCAAAACUCUCUGAUUUUGGCUUGGCAAAAGAUGGUCCAGAAGGAGAUGAUACACAUGUUUCCACUAGAGUUAUGGGUACUCAAGGUUAUGCUGCCCCGGAAUACAUCAUGACAGGACAUUUGACAGCAAUGAGUGAUGUGUAUAGUUUUGGAGUUGUCUUAUUGGAACUAUUAACCGGUAGAAGAUCAGUGGACAAAACACGUCCACCAAGAGAACAUAAUUUAGUGGAAUGGGCCAGACCAGUUUUAAACGAUGCUCGUAAACUUAGUAGAAUAAUGGAUCCAAGACUUGAAGGACAGUAUUCUGAAUCAGGAGCAAGAAAAGCAGCUGCAUUAGCUUAUCAAUGUUUAAGUCAUAGACCAAGAAAUAGACCUUCAAUGUCUAUAGUAGUUAACACUCUUGAACCUCUUCAAAAUUAUGUAGAUAUUCCAAUUGGUCCUUUUGUUUAUACAGUUCCAAGUGAUGUUAGUAACAAUGAAGUUCAAAAAGAGAGUAGUAAUGGUAAUACUGGUAAUACUACUCCUGCUGAGACACCAAAGGAGAGAUCAAGAAGAAAUAGUACUAGUACUCAUCAUCGUAGAAAUCAACAUCAAAGUAAUGGUAAUGGUACUACUAAUCAUAAGCAUAUUGUUAUAGAUAAAAAUAAUGCUAAUGAAGUGAUUAAAGAUGGAGAAGAAUAUUAUGAUACACCUAAGGAGAAGAAGAGAGAAAAUGGUAAUCAUCAUAGAAGUCAUCAUCAUCAUAGGCACAAUGGACAUAGGCAUCCACAAAAGUCACCAAAAACAAAGUCACAAAAUGAGCUAGGACAUGAACAAAAUGGGUCACACUCAAAUUCACCAGAUACAUCUAUUACAUCAGAAAGCCAAGGAAAUUAAGGAAAGUAUAUAGUAUAUAAUAGACACGUACGUAGUUAGAUUAAGAUCAUACAAUUUUAAAUGUAUAUAGUGCAAUAUUGCAAUGAGCUGGCUUCAAGCAAAUAAAAGUUGGAAACAAAGAAAAAGGUGAAGGAAGUGCCAAUGCAAAUGCAAUGGUCCUAGCAUGGAAAAGCAUGCUUGAGUUUUUUGUUUUCUUUCGUUUUAUUAUUAUUAUUAUUAUUAUUAUUUUUCUAUUUAUUUAUUGAGGAAGUUGAUUAUUUUGAAUUGUGUAUACAAUAGUGAAUUUUUAUUCCAUGAUUAAUUAAUGAGUUAAUAUACUCUUAUCUCUUCA